GUUACGCUGCCGACAGUGCCCGGAAGCGGCGCAGAGGUCUGCGGAGAGGAGGAGUACUUACAUGAAGGCAUUUGCUGCCAGCUGUGCCCGGCAGUUGACGCAGCCUCGUGCAGAGAAGUACUCCACCUUUGGAUAGUAUCACAGAGCUAUCGGACGAAUUUAAGGAAUUUCGAAGGAAGAGACUGUGUCAUGGAUUGAUUGUUUUUGUUGCACAAGCAAAUCUCCCCGUGCCUGCCAUGCCCCUUCCAGCAAGAUGGCACUUGCCACGUACUUACGUUGCUCGACACUGCGAUACUCCACGUAAAAGGGGAAGCUGUAACUCUUGCACUGAAGGACAAGAUUAUACUGCCCACGCAAAUGGCUUGGAAGAAUGUUUGCCGUGCAGACAGUGCAAAGAUGGUACCAAACAUUCAGUGAAGUCUUUAACUUUAGGCCCCUUACCCCUUGCAACCAAAUAACUUCGAGAACCUGUACUGUGACCAGUGACACAGAAUGCCAGUGCAAAAAGGGGUAUUUCUGCCCUGCUGAAGGCUGUGAAAUAUGUCAGAGAUGCGGUGAAAGGUGUCCAGAAGGGAAACAAAUUGUGCAGAUCUGCAAUGCUACAACGGACCUAGGAUGUGGCUUACCUGAUCAAGGAAAUAGAUAUCUUACUUGGACGACUAUGAUAAUUGUGGUUGCUAUUGUUUUUGCUGUCUUGCUUGUGUUCUACACAAGAAGGAGGUGUAAGAGUGAUAAAGCUACCUUAUAUGACAAAGCAGAGAAAGGACUGGUAUAUGAAGAUAAUACACUUUUACCAGAAGUGAAGAUAAUUGAAAAUAAUAAAUCCCAUCCAGAUAGCGAAAACUCUGGUGAGAGCCCAGAGGGCCAAGUGAAUGAUGAUGAUAAUUCAGAAGGGAAAAACAUAUCUCCAGAGGAAAACGGUGCUGUGUCUUAUGAGAGAGGCACCGUCCCACAGAAGAAGCUGUGGUGCCAAACACGAAAAUGGUGGAAGAGGAUCAAAAACUGUACUUUUCAAUCAAAUGCCCAGUGUAAAGUAAGGGACGUUAGGAUGCCAUCAUACCGUAUGGUGCAAAAGUAUCAAAUAGUUGUUAAAGAUCUCACUCAAAAAGAAAUGAGAGAUUGCUUUUUGGCUUUUAUAAAGGAAGUACCAGUGAAAAAAUGGAGGAAGCUUAUGAGAACUCAUCUGGAGGAAAAUGUUAUUGAUAGAAUUGAGUAUAACUGGCCUAAUGAUAUAGAUGAGCAAUGGUAUCAGAUGCUUCUCAUCUGGAAAAACGAACUGGGGGAGAAACAAUCUGUUAUUAAGUUAUUGGAUGAGCUAUGGGAUAUAGAUACUUGGGCUUACAUUAAUAUAGUCCGCACUUUAACUAGUAAUAACAUUAUAAGUAAAAUGGAAAUUACAGCUUCACAUUUUCACUGAACUUCAGAAACGUUCCUGUAUGCAUAUAGGAAGUUUGUAUAAAUAAGGAUGUAAUAAGUUGCUGGUAACAGUGUGGGUGUGAUGCCCUUCUUACCUGCACACAGGCUGGAAGUCAUUUAACAGGCUGGGCUGAACUGUGACAAGACUCCAGUAGCAAUAUUCAGUUUUCUUUUUAUUUGAGUUAUACAAUGUGAAACUCGGGUACCAGCGGCAAUUUAGAAGCGCUGUGCUUCAGUUUGCCUUUCCUUUGUGAAGCUGUGAGGAAAGAAGCUGAGCCAUGGAACUGAGAAUGCGUGCAGCGGUUUUUUGGCUGAACUACCUUAUUUUUGUUUACGAGAUAAUCGCAUUUCAUUUGUGGUGGGAGCACGUGGCAUGCGAAAUGUUCUGUUCAAAGUGCGGUAAUAAAAACUCAUUGAAGACAAA